AAUCACCUGUAUAAUUACUUACGGUUAAUUUAGGUAAAGAAACGUUCGUUAAAUAUGUACGUUCAAUUUACAUAUAAAACACCUCAUUCAACGAGAACUUGGAAACUCUGCUUAUCGAAGAAACUAACUAACCGAAAAUGUCUUCUAAACUACUGAUAUCGUUGCUAACUUCGCUAUUGCUCAUUUGUAACUUUGGAAUUUGUGCAAACGACAGACUAAAAAUUACCAAUUUAGAACCGGAAGCCGUCAUUACGAAUUUAUUAUCCGACGUUUUAUUAAAUUCUUUACAACUUUAUAAAUGCAUGGUUGUUGUAACAGAUGAAAUUUAUUAUAAUAUUUUUCAACAUGUUUUAUACAAAAAAUUUGGCGUUUAUAUAUCAUUUUUUAUGGUUUUCAUAAAAGAAUCUGAAGAUUUAUUAUCACCUUAUCAAUCAACUAAAGAAGCUUUAAUAAUGGCAAAAGCCCACGGAUGUCAAAUUUAUAUUAUUUUAAUUUCAAACGGUCUUCAAACAUCGAGAUUACUACAGUUUGGCGACAGGUAUCGAGUAUUAGAUACAAGAGCAAAGUUUAUUAUGUUAUACGAUAACAGAUUAUUUCAUAAAGAUAUUCAUUAUUUAUGGAAACGAAUUGUUAAUGUAAUUUUUAUACGAGAAUACGGCGGGAGUAAAAAAUUAGGAACUAAUACUCGUGGUUUACCUUGGUUUGAAAUAAGCACGGUUCCUUUUCCUUCACCAAUUCAAAACGUUUUCGUUCCAAGAAGAUUAGAUAUUUGGACCAAUUCGAAAUUUAGAUUUGGUGUUGAUUUAUUUAGAGAUAAAACCCGCGAUUUAAACAAUCAAACAUUAAAAGUUAUUGCUUUUAAACACACACCGGCAACGAUAAAACUUCCAUUCCCGGAGGAGAAUACCGUUAGAAGUAUUUUAGGGGAAAAACCGAUCGGUUUUGCAGGAUUGGAAGUUGAAAUUUUGGACGCAGUAUCGAAGCAAAUGAAUUUUAAAUGUGACGUUUACGAACUACCCGGGGUAAACUCACAUUUUUGGGGCAAAAAAUUAGCUGGUGGACAAUAUUCCGGUCUUAUAGGUGAAAUGGUUAAAAGUAAAGCUGACUUUGCUUUGGGGGAUUUAUACUAUAUCUCGUUUAUUUUAAAUUUAAUGGAUUUAACGGUACCUUAUAACACGGAAUGUUUAACCUUUUUAACCCCGGAAUCUCUGACUGAUAAUUCUUGGAAAACUCUUAUUUUACCAUUUCAGCCUUCUAUGUGGUUAUGUGUAAUGGUUUGUUUAUUUGGAAUAGGAAUAAUAAUGCAUUAUUUAGCUUUAUUCCAUUGGGAAGUAACCGCGCCGAAAAGAAAUCGACCAAAAUCUUUGAGAACUUUGAUCAAAAAGAAACAAGUUUUAACAUUACCCCUUGGAACAAUCGAUCAAUUAGAUCCUCAUUCAAAAUAUAUAAUGAUGAUGGAACAAUUCACUGCAAAAAAACGCGAAGAUGAUCCAGUUGGAUUAUAUUUAUUCGCUGAAUUUUUUAACAGCAUGCUUUACACUUGCAGUAUGUUAUUAAUGGUAUCACUACCAAAAUUACCAACGGGUUGGUCAUUAAGAUUAUUAACUGGAUGGUAUUGGAUUUAUUGCACUUUGGUCGUUGUCAGUUAUAGAGCUAGCAUGACAGCUAUUUUAGCUAAUCCAGUCCCACGAGUUACCAUUGACACAUUAGAAGAGUUAGCUGAUUCGAAACUUUCUUUAGGUGGUUGGGGUGAAAUAAACCGCGAAUUUUUUACGACAUCAUUAGAUCCAGCCGCUCAAUUAAUCGGUUUUAAAUACGAAGAGGUAAAUAAUUCUCACGAAGCAAUCGGUCGAGUGAUAGAAGGAAAAUUCGCUUUCUACGAAAACGUCCAUUAUUUAAAAGAAAUUUCAAUCUCGAGGCAUAGCAAACAAUCGCCUUUUUCAAGUGGGAAUAGUAGCGGAGAUGACGAAGAGCGAAACGAUCGUAAUUUGCAUAUAAUGAGAGAUUGCGUCAUAAAUAUGCCGAUCUCGAUCGGCUUGCAAAAGAAUUCUCCAAUCAAGCCGCGCGUAGAUAAGUACAUAAGGAGAGUACUCGAAGCGGGGUUCAUCAAAAAGUGGCUCGAUGAUGUCAUGCAGCCGACGUUGAACGCAGAACUUCCAUCGUCCGCGUCCACUGAGAAUACGAAAGCAUUGAUGAGUAUGCGGAAAUUUAUAGGAGCCAUCGUAGCUCUUUUUGUUGGCUAUUUCGUUAGCGUGAUUGCUCUUGUUAUAGAAAUUUGUUAUUUUUAUUGUCUUGUGAAAAAACAUCCUGAUUUUGAUAAGUUUUCCAAAAGGGUUGAUCAUGGGCAUAUCCUUGAUUAUUAUAUUAGAAAGAUGUUGCAUUGGUUUAAAAACUUAAAAUUUCUAAAAUUAAGCAAAUGAAUAGUUUUGAACAGGUAAAUAAAAGCCUGUGGAACCCAAAACAUUCUAGGUGUAUUCAUGCUAGAUUGUUGUAUAUCUUUAUUGAAUUAAAAG